ACAGAUUGCUUUUGUGUGGCUUGUCAACAGGUCCUAUUCAAGCCGAUGUGUGGACAACAUAUUUCUGCUGUAUUUUUUUCGGGAAAAAGUAAUCCUCUCCGUCUCCCUCAGACGCAAAACGCUUUCAAGACAUUGGGUUUAGUGCAUAUUUGUGUAAGGAUGUACGGAUGAGAACGGUCGCCACCAUGGACGUGGAAUCACCAAUAAGAGAAUAAUGUUUGAGGAUCGCCGAAACGCAUGAGUUGGCCGGAUCUUGUUGAUGGCUCCACCCCCGCUACCUGUAAAUCGCCCUCCCAGUUCCUUAUCAUCUUCCAAAUAGAUCUGACAGUCAGCCGGUAUCAUCUGGUCACCACUGAAGCAAGAAGAGGACUAGAAAACCUAUGGAAAGCGUUAUUGAACAGCUUUAAUGAACGGAAAUAAAUAAGUCAUCUGCGGUCAUAAAGAGAGAAAGUACUAUUCAACACCUAGCGAGAGCGCUAAAUGGACCAGAAAUAACGGAGAAAGCGGCGGUUGGUUCUCAACAAGGUGGAGUUUUGUGAGUGAGGGCGAGGGUUACCAUCAAUUGCCUUUACGCGAUUUGGUUACCUGAUGGAGAAACCAGAACGACAGAUGACUCGAAGAUAAUUGCUGCCUUUCCUGGAAAUAUUGAACUAUUACAUCAAAAGAAACAAACAAAGAAGAACAGCAACGGGAUUUUCAAUAUAUAAUUAUGUGAACGAGUUUUGAAGAAAUAUCUGAUUUCGCAUACAAUUCGCAUAUAACUUAUUGUACGAUCUGUGAAUGACUUAAUGAAUGACUUAAUGGAACGAUCAUAUCCUGUCCUUUGAAGUGCAGUUUCUGCGUCACAGGUCGCUGAGAACACAACAUUUACAUUGAAGGACUGAUGUAAACGAACAGGGUAGAGUACAGGAAGGAAGGGUGGUAGUUAGUUGAAGCAAUAUGACUGAAUUGUGGGGUAUGGGGCACUGGCUGGAACUACCCAAAUCGUCUGGAUACUAGUUAUAGAACAUGGAAACCUAUCCCUGGGCAUCGGUAGCCUCAGAAUAAUGCCUAAAGGUAAACAUAGUUACUACCCGGACUCUCCCUCUAUCCGCAUAUCCAAGAUGGAUGUGAUCAUCCCGUUCUCCCCAGAUGUGCCCUGUGAUAGCAAUGGGCAGCGCAUGUGGUGGGCUUUCCUUGCCUCCUCCAUGGUCACGUUCUUUGGGGGUCUCUUCAUCAUUCUGCUCUGGAGAACUCUCAAGUACCUGUGGACCGUCUGCUGCCACUGUAACACCAAAAAGAAGAAUGCUCAGCGGGUCCACAACCCUACCUCCCAUGGGGAUGGGAUCAAGCACACCAAGGAGACUGUGGCUGCACUCAGCGAGGUGGGCUGGAUGACCUCCGUCAAAGACUGGGCUGGGGUCAUGAUAUCAGCCCAGACACUGACGGGCAGAGUCCUGGUGGUGCUUGUCUUUGCCCUCAGCAUCGGAGCCCUUGUAAUAUACUUCAUAGAUUCCUCUGACCCCAUUGAGUCCUGUCAGAACUUCUACAAAGACUUCACGCUACAGAUUGACAUGGCUUUCAACGUCUUCUUCCUCUUGUACUUCGGUCUACGGUUUAUUGCAGCCAAUGACAAGCUGUGGUUCUGGCUGGAGGUGAACUCAGUGGUGGACUUCUUCACUGUUCCCCCGGUGUUCGUGUCCGUUUAUCUCAACAGGAGCUGGCUUGGCUUGAGGUUUUUAAGGGCGUUAAGGUUGAUACAGUUCUCAGAAAUCUUACAGUUUUUGAACAUAUUAAAAACAAGCAAUUCCAUAAAACUGGUGAACUUAUGUUCAAUCUUCAUAAGUACAUGGCUAACAGCGGCAGGCUUCAUACAUCUGGUGGAAAACUCAGGGGAUCCUUGGGAAAACUUCCAAAAUUCCCAAGCACUUUCCUACUGGGAAUGUGUCUACUUACUCAUGGUUACUAUGUCCACUGUGGGCUAUGGAGACGUGUAUGCAAAAACCACCCUGGGACGACUUUUCAUGGUCUUCUUCAUCCUUGGUGGUUUGGCCAUGUUUGCGAGCUACGUCCCUGAAAUCAUAGAGUUAAUAGGAAACCGCAAGAAAUAUGGUGGUUCCUAUAGUGCGGUUAAUGGGAGAAAGCACAUCGUGGUCUGUGGUCAUAUAACACUUGAAAGUGUGUCCAACUUCCUUAAAGACUUCCUACACAAGGACAGGGAUGAUGUCAAUGUAGAAAUUGUUUUUCUCCAUAAUAUUUCCCCUAAUCUUGAGCUGGAAGCCUUGUUUAAACGCCACUUCACCCAGGUGGAGUUCUACCAGGGAUCUGUUCUCAACCCACAUGACCUGGCCAGAGUCAAGAUAGAGUCAGCAGACGCCUGUUUGAUCCUAGCUAAUAAAUACUGUGCAGAUCCUGAUGCUGAGGAUGCCUCCAACAUCAUGAGGGUGAUAUCCAUCAAGAACUACCACCCAAAGAUCAGAAUCAUUACCCAGAUGUUGCAGUACCACAACAAGGCCCACCUUUUGAACAUUCCCAGUUGGAACUGGAAGGAGGGUGACGAUGCCAUUUGCCUUGCUGAGCUGAAGCUGGGCUUCAUAGCACAGAGCUGUCUGGCUCAGGGCCUGUCCACCAUGCUGGCCAACCUCUUCUCCAUGAGAUCCUUUAUCAAGAUUGAAGAGGACACGUGGCAGAAGUAUUACCUGGAAGGAGUAGCCAAUGAAAUGUACACUGAGUACCUGUCUAGUGCCUUUGUGGGCUUAUCCUUCCCGACCAUUUGUGAGCUCUGCUAUGUGAAGCUGAAGCUGCUACUGAUUGCUAUCGAGUACAAGUCUGAUAUAAGGGAAAGCAGCACCCUCAUCAACCCUGGGAACCAUGUGAAGAUGCAGGAAGGAACCCUGGGGUUCUUUAUCGCCAGCGAUGCCAAAGAAGUAAAGAGGGCACUUUUUUACUGCAAAGCUUGUCACGAUGACAUCACAGAUCCCAAAAGGAUAAAGAAAUGUGGAUGCAAACGAUCCAAGAUGUCCGUCUACAAGAGAAUGAUGCUGGCAUGUUGUUUUGAUUGCGGCCAUUCAGAGUGUGACUGCUCUUGCAUGUCAGCCAAUGUGCAUCAUGAUAGUAACACAAAGGACACCCUUCAGCAGCGUGGCUUCCCUCUCUCUCCUGUCUCUCUUAAUGAUUGCUCAACCACUUUAAGUGCCUCAAAAAAUAACUAUAACGGAUAUAUCAAAUCAAUCGAAGAGGAGCAGCAAACGACACUGUCGCCUAAAAAGAAGCAACGUAAUGGAAACACAAGGAACUCACCCAACGGUUCACCAAAAAUUAUGAGGCAUGACCCUCUCCUCAUGCCGGGGAACGAACAGAUUGAGAACAUGGACAUGAACGUGAAGAAGUACGACUCCACAGGGAUGUUCCACUGGUGCCAGUCCAAAGACAUCGAGAAGGUCAUCUUGACCAGAAGUGAAGCUGCCAUGACUGUCCUAAGCGGCCACGUGGUCGUCUGUAUAUUUGGAGACGCGAAGUCGGCUUUGGUGGGCCUAAGGAACCUUGUGAUGCCUCUGAGAGCUAGCAACUUCCACUACCACGAGCUGAAACCCAUCGUGUUUGUGGGUUCUCUGGAGUACCUGAAGAGGGAAUGGGAGACCCUUCACAACUUCCCCAAAGUCUCCAUUUUACCUGGCACACCGUUAAGCCGGGCCGAUCUGAGGGCUGUCAAUAUCAACCUCUGUGACAUGUGUGUCAUCCUGUCGGCCAAUCAGAACAAUAUUGACGACGCAUCACUGCAGGACAAGGAAUGCAUCCUGGCGUCACUCAACAUCAAGUCCAUGCAGUUUGACGACAGCAUCGGGGUCUUGCAGGCUAACUCCCAAGGUUUCACUCCUCCAGGCAUGGACAGGUCCUCUCCUGAAAACAGUCCACUUCAUGGGGGGUUGGUCAGACAGGCUUCCAUCACAACAGGAGCCAACAUCCCCAUCAUCACUGAACUAGCAACAUUAUCAAAAACAGCAGGCAAAGUCCUGCCUGUGGUUUCAUUCAGUCAGGAUAAAAGCAGUGGGAUCAACGUACAAAUAAUAACAGAGCUGGUAAAUGACUCCAAUGUUCAGUUCCUGGACCAGGAUGAUGAUGAUGACCCUGACACAGAAUUGUACCUCACUCAGCCCUUCGCCUGUGGGACGGCCUUCGCAGUCAGUGUGCUGGAUUCCCUGAUGAGUGCGACAUACUUCAAUGAUAAUAUCCUCACCCUGAUCCGGACGCUGGUAACAGGGGGGGCCACUCCGGAGCUGGAGGGUCUAUUGGCGGAGGAGAACGCAUUACGAGGAGGCUACAGCACGCCGCAGACCCUCGCUAACCGGGACAGGUGUCGUGUGGCACAGCUAGCCUUGUACGACGGGCCUUUCGCUGACUUGGGAGAUGGUGGUUGCUACGGUGACUUAUUUUGUAAAGCUUUAAAAACUUACAACAUGCUGUGCUUCGGAAUUUAUCGAUUAAGAGACGCACAUUUAAACACACAAAGUCAUACAAGUCAAUGCACUAAACGGUAUGUGAUAACCAAUCCGCCAUAUGGUUUUGAGUUGGUGCCAUCAGACCUGAUCUUCUGCCUGAUGCAGUUUGAUCAUAAUGCGGGUCAGUCCAGGGCCAGCCUCUCCCACAGCUCCCACUCCUCCCAUUCUUCCAGCAAAAAGAGCUCCUCCGUCCAUUCUCUCACUGCCACCAACCGUACCAACCGCGCCAAGAGCAGGGACUCGCGGGACAAACAGAAUGCAACAAGGAUGAAUAAAAUGGGCCAAGAAAAGACAUGGUUUACAGAUGAGCCUGAGAAUGCGGCCUACCACAGGAACAUUCACAUCAAGCCAAUGAGUACUAGUCACAGUAGUCACACAGCCAACCACCAGGUCAACCAGAACCCUUACAAAUCAACCAACAACCAUAUUCCAUCCAUCAGAGAGGUGGAGGACGAAUGCUGAACUACAGAACUCUAUGUUGACACCUACAGUAGAACCCACCUGUAGAACACCUGGGGAAAACACUUGGAACUAGAAACCAAGAACAUCUAGAACCCACCUAGAGAACACAUGGAAGUACACCUAGAACCCGUGGAACUGGAACCUGAAGAACACCUUAAAGCUAGAAUCUUUAGUUGCUUUAAUGAUAUAUACCCAUUGAAUCUUGAAGAAUAUAACUUAAACUUGCCUCAUGAGCUUAGUUCAACUGUCGUACCCCAUCAGAACCCAAAAUAUAUGUUUGUUUUACUCCAAUGUUUGUAAACAAUGUAAAUGUAAACAAAUACUGUAUAGCCUCAAAACAUGGUAAAAACUGUAAUGUUGAUAUUUUGGCUGGUCAGUCCUUCCAUCCAUAGCUCUCUCUCUGAAUUUGAGAGUGGUUACAUUUCUCCAGGCCCAUCCCUCAGCUUUUUUUACCCCCCCAAAAAAGGGUUGACCGCUUUAUUAUUUCAAGUGAAGAUUCUAGCUUUAAAGGGAUACUUUGGGAUUGUAUAUAUUUCCCCCAGAGUCAGAUGAACUCGUGGAUAACAUUUGUAUGUCUCUGUGUCCAGUAUGAAGGAAGUUUGAGGUAGUUUCACGAGCCAAUGCUAACUAGCGUUACACAUAGACUCCCAGUCAUUGCGCUAUCUGCGCUAUCUGCUAGCGUGCUAGCAUGCUAGCAGAUAGCCAUAGAUUUUCAGUCAUUGCGCUAACGCAAGUUAGCAACUUCCUUCAAACUGCACGCAGAGACAUAAAAAUGGUAUCCACUCUGAGGAAGUAGAUAUAGGGCCUCAUUGCCAAAAUCCCGAAGCAUUCUUUUAACAUAGAACUCCAGAGAACAAAGGAAUAGUUGGGCCGAACGGGGUGUUUGCAUGGGAAAACAUCAUUCAGUAUUCUCCCUCAGAUUCCUUCUUCAUCAGUCACCAGUUACUGAUCACAUCAGUACAAACUAACCUCUUGGAAAAGGACAACCUUUUUCCAGUUCAUAUGUACAGUACAUACAGUAACAUAAUAGAUAUAUUUAUAUAUAAAUGAAGCAACGUAAUAUACAUAAAUACAAUCAUAUAUCAAUCAAAUGUACAGUCAGUCAGUCACUAACGUUAACACUCAGCCAUGUAGUUUGCACAGCCAGUUCCUCCUUAGUGACCAGACUCCAUCAUUUACCCAUUUUGGAGAAUGAGGGUCGCUUCAGUCAGAAUAGAUAGCAACGCAACACAAGAUUACAUAUGAUGAAACAUUAUAUUAGAUUGUUAUGAAUCGGGACAAAUUAUUUGCCAUUGAAAGCAUUUUCAUUUUUUUACUUUCAUUUGUAGAAUGGUGUUUCAAGACUGACAUGUAUCCAGUAUUGGAAAGUCGUACGCUUUGGGUCCAUGUGUUUUUGACAUGCCUGGUAAGAUACAAUACAUAACAAAGUUUGCAAAAGGGUAUAUGGUAUUUUUUGUUAAAUGCAGUCCCACCAGAAUUAUAUUGUUAUCGAUUUUGAUUUCCACUUUGUGGAUCGUCAUUUAAUAAGAGUAAAUUCACAAGACUAUAUUUGUGAUUGAUUGUCAACAUUCAUGUCAAAAUAGUACAUUUUAUUGUAUUGGCCCAAGCCUUAUUUCGAUUGGCCAGUUUGUUUUUGCUUCUUCUAAUCUACAGGAUGCUUCCUGCCUUUUUAGCUUUGAUAUCAAUGUCCAACAAAUAUACUGGAAUAUGAGAUGUGGGUGGAAUGACACUGGAAAUACAAAAUAAACCAUAUUCCCAAUACAUUUGACCUGUCAUUAUAGCGACAUAAUGCUAUAACCCAGGUAUGAUGAAGCUGUUUUGGAGGAUGUUCAGUAAGCUAACCGAGCAGCUAAUAAGAUGAACGGACCUUAAUUACCUUAACUAAUAGGCCUACCUAUUGGAUUAGGUUAUACUGUAUAACCCUACCUGUAUAACCCUACCUAUACCUUAAUUACCUUAAUAGACUUACCUGGAAGCACAGGGAGGGUUAUACUGUAAAUUAUGUUAAUAUCACCAGGAAUUAGGUGAAAGAAUGAGAAAGCCACAUAUCGUAUGAAGUUGGUAUAUAUAUCUGUAGCUCUGGUACCAUCGCGCAACUACAACAACCCCUGACCCCUGAACCCACUCACCAAUCUUACAGCCUCUCUCUGCAACUCUCUGUUAGUAGAGGAAUGCGCAUUAACCCCCUGGACCAGAGCUAUACCUGUAGACGGAUCCUCUGCUUAGCAUGGAGACAUUAGAGUAGCUUGGAUGUUCUCCAUGACCAGUCCCAGUGCUAUACUCAGACUGUAGAAGAAGGUCAAGGAUUUUCUGUAGAUAUACCCCAAAACAGCUGAAUCAUAAAGGAAGCAUUUGGCUAACUACAGUACAAAACUUUUUAAUGCCAGUUUCUCAUGUUUUGGUGUAACACAACUGACACUCAAACUGUUCACCAAUUUGUCAUGUCCAUAAACCAUAACCAUAUGUGUUAAUCUAUUUUCUGUCUGCAUACAAUACAAAGCAGUACAUGACUCUAAAGAGACAGAAAAGUCACUAAUCUGAAUAAAGAAAUGGUGUGGCAUUUUGCUGACAUGGGGGAACACCCAAGAUUUCCGUGCCUCUGUGCCAGCAAUGUGCCGGAGCAGUGUUUAGGUCAAAGGACAACUCUGGCUAAAGACCCACUGUAGAGAAAGUGGUUUAUUAAGAUAGGGAUUAUAUAGAAACAGGGCAUGUAUAUUGCUAUUGCUAAAGAAGGGCGUGUCAUAUCUAGUCAUAGAGACAUUUCAAACCGUAUAAAUUACAUUUCAAAUCAUGUAAAUUCUUGGAAAUAUGUGAUAUUGAAUUGCAAAAGGUUAUUGGGAAUGUACAGAUUCCCUGAAGAUAAUUAGCAUUGUAAUGAAUAAUGAGAGUUAAAAAGUCUGAAACUAACAUUGAAAUUAGGCAUUUACUUAGUAACUGCGAAAUAAAAUGUUCUAUGUUUACUUCUUGGUCCUUUCAAGAAGUCAAUACAAAGCUUUAGUGAAUUAUUCCUAUUGCGUUUAUAGAUGUUGGGUGAAGAGGAGAAUGGCAUUGCAGUUUAGCUUGUUUUGUUUGUAUAUUUUAACACUUUGAUUUGUGGACACGAUGACAAGUGCUACAUUUAUAUUUCUGACUGUGUCAAACAGAUGUAGAAUCUUAAUUUGAGCCAGUUUGCUACAGCAACGAAAUAAUCCUGCAGUAAAAGGAAAUGUGAAUUAUGUGUAUAAGAAUUCAUGGACAGAAAAUGUUGCUUUAGGGAAAAUCAAGUCUGAAAUUUCAAAGUGGAAACUACAAACUUCAGAAGCCUUUUUGAACCUCAAAUACACUACUAUCAAAUUAAGGUCCUACAUCUGUACAUACAAUAUCCAAUGCUAAAUACAGUAUAUUGUCUUUUUAAGGAUUGUAAAUAAGUUGUACAUGAUUUAAUUUUGUAUUUUCACAAAUUAAAAAAACUGAUGUAUUGUG